CUAAAAUGGCGCAUAAAUCUGGAGCAAGCAGUCACAGCAAGGCUAAAACUUUGAAGAGGAUAACAGAAACCAUUAAAACAGACAGAAGAUCACUUCCAGCAGAGAUCAGCUCUUAUAAUACAUUUACCGAGGAAAAUAUUUGCUUGACAGAGAACGAUGGCGUUAAUCUCUCCUUCAAUGAAGUGAAUACCCAGCACACUGGCCAGAGCAUAGUGCGGCAUGACAGUAACUUUGCCCAGGCUAUGUUUAAUUUCAUAAAAUCCUUUUUAGGAGUUGGUGUAAUCACUAUUGCUGCUUGAGUAAAACGAGCAGGAAUAGGAAAUGCCGGUAUCUGAUUACUAUUUACAAGCUCAUUAUCUAUACUUGGCACUAACCUCACCAUUAGCGCUAGAGAGAAACUUUUAAGAGAUGAUUAUGAGAACGAAGAUUAUGCAGGGAGAAAGACACUUGACUCUGUCAAUAUACCCAGAGAUGCCCAGAGCCAAAGAAAUCUUGAAGGAGAAGACAUAGAAGAGGACAGACAGGACCAAUCAUUUCGUACUUUACCAAAUCUAGAUAAUUUCUUUUAACACAACCCAACUCAUAUUGCAUAACAAUUAUCUAAAAUCGUAUGCUGAAAUGGGACAGCGAUGAUUUGGAGAUUUUGGGUACUGCUUCUGUACAAUUUUACUUGCUGUUUCCCAACUCAUAGUGAUCACAGCGUACAUGAAGUUCUUUGAUGAGUACUUCAAGUCAUAUGCGAUGCUGGCGGCCUUGAUCCCAACAUGUAUGUUUAUGGACUUGAAAUCUAUUUCAUUCUUCUCAACUAUCUCUAUAUUUCUGAUAGUGCAUUCCUUGUUCCUGAUACUUGGUGUUUCAAUUAGUGAUAUUCCAGACCAAAAUUGGGAGAAUAUAACCUAUCUCGAAUACUUCGAAUUCCCCUUAUUCUUCGGAGCAGCUAUUUAUAUGUUCGAAGGUGACAUGGUGUGCAUGAAUAUACAAGACUCAAUGAAACGUCCACAGGAUUUUAAAGUACUAUCUUUUAUAUGCUUAAUCUUCAUUACCUUUAUGUGUAUUGUAGUCUGCUAUGUUCCAUAUCUUGCAUAUGGAGACGAUAUUUCCUCACCUAUAAUCAAUUCUAUUUCAAUUGAAGCAGUAAGAGAUUACUUAAAGGUUGCGUAUACAGCUGGUGUCGGACUUAGCUGACCUCUAAUGGUAUACCCUUUAUGAGAAAUCUGAUAUCGCUCAGUCAUACUAGACCCUUAUGUAUCAUUAUUCAAGAAUCGACCAAUGUCAAAAUUCUACAUUUGAGCUGUAGCUUCUCUAUGCUUUGGAUUUGUCUUCAGUAAGGUAAUCCCUGGAAUAGAAAGUUUCAUUAACAUAUCUGGAGGAAUCAUUGGCCCUCCCUCAACAAUCAUAGUUCCGGUAGCCUUUUAUUGGAAGGCAUAUGGGAGCGAUAUCCCAAAAUAUGAGCUUGCCAUAUACAUAAUAAUCUGUCUUGUGACAGGGAUAAUGGGUUUCAUCUCUUUUGUUGCAACAAUCAUUGAUGAAAUUGACACUCAUUAA